AUACAUUCAUUAACAAUGACAUCUACUGAACCAAAGCAACACUACAGAGCAAAGAUUGAGAAGCUCAGCGCAGAGGUGGUCGACUCCAAUCCAUACAGCAGACUGAUGGCCCUCAAGAAGAUGGGUAUCGUCAACAACUAUGAGGACAUUAGGAGUAUGAGUGUAGUGAUUGUUGGACUUGGAGGAAUUGGAAGUGUGGCAGCAGAGAUGCUUACAAGAUGUGGCAUUGGCAAGCUGCUGUUGUUUGACUAUGAUACUGUCGAGAUUGCCAAUAUGAACAGACUGUUCUUUAGACCAGAGCAAGCUGGUAUGACCAAGACAAAGGCCGCACAAGAGACACUGCAGUCGAUCAAUCCAGACGUCGAGUUUGAGACAUACAACUACAACAUCACCACACUGGACAACUUCAAUCACUUCCAACAGAGGAUCAAGGAGGGUGGCAUCGUCCCCAACACACCCGUCAGUUUGGUGCUUGGCUGCGUGGACAACUUUGAGGCGAGAGUGGCGAUCAACCAGGCAACCCUCGAGCUGGGCAAACCAUGGAUGGAGUCGGGAGUCUCAGAGAAUGCAAUCUCUGGUCACAUCCAGUUCAUCAUUCCAGGUGAGACUGCAUGUUUCCAAUGUGUCCCACCUCUGAUCGUUGCCAGUGGCAUCGAUGAGAGAACAUUGAAGCGCGAGGGAGUGUGCGCUGCCUCCCUGCCAACAACCAUGGGCAUCGUUGCAGGCAUGCUCGUCCAGAACUCCCUCAAGUACCUGCUCAAGUUUGGUGAGGCCUCCAACCUUCUGGGCUACAACGCCUUGCAGGACUACUUCCCAAAGGACACCAUGCGUCCAAACCCAGAAUGUGUCAACAACUACUGUAUCAAGCAUCAAGAGGCUUAUAAGGAGUACCUCAAGAACAAGCCAGCUGAGGAGGUCAAGCCAGUCGAGGAGGUCAAGAAGCCAUCAACUGAGAAUGAGUGGGGAAUAGAGCUGAUCGAGGAAGAUGCACCACCAGCAACAACCUCUUCCACAUCCACUGCUACACAACAACAACAGCCAAACAAAGGACUAGAGUUUGCCUAUGAUGUUACACCAACUGUUAAAGUAUGUACAACUACAACUCGAGAGAUUGGAAAUGUUUAUUGUUGUCGCGUC